UACUUCUGCUCUUUCACAUGGUGGUUUGGAGUCCUCAAGUCUGAUUGUUGGUAUUGAUGUCACCCAAGAGCAACAAGUCGACAUGCUAGACAUGUUAUGAUCUUUAUGGGCAAAACCAUUUGAUAGGAAGAACCUGCAUGGAACAACUCCAAACCCUUAUUAGCAAGCUAUUUCUAUCAUUGGAAAGACUUGAUCUGAUCUUUGAUCAUUUAAAAGUUUGUUACUUGGUCCGAUAUUUUUUUGCACCCAUCAUCGAAAGAGCCAUGACGAUUGUGGAAGAAAGUGGACCCAAUACCAUGUUCUUCUCAUAAUCACUGAUGGGUAGAUAAAGAAAGGUGUGUUGGAACUGGAACUUGAGUUCGGGUAUAAACAUUCUCAUACAUUUAUAUAGUUAAUCUUUAUUUAAUAGAAGACCAGAAGUGUUGAGGAGGAAGGCCACACCAGAAAGAAGUCACGCACUUCUUACUUCCAAGGUUUUAGAGAGUGGCCAAGUCCAAUGCCACACAACUGAUGCUGCAGAGGAUUUAUCUUAUAUUAAGUUUGAAUUAAUUGUUUAGUGUUUCCUUUGUUAUUUGAAUCGUUUUGUCCUCGGUUUGUUGUAACUUAUCUUCCUCUUCGCUAAUAACUAUUUUGGUAAAGUAAAGAGGAAUGCAGUUGUUUAGGAUUGUGCCUAUGACACAGAUAAAGGGCACACGAG